UUCAAAGACUUCCAGACCUUUUUUCACACUUUUGCCUCCUGUUUCAUUCACAAUCACAUAACGAUGACACUGAACAUUUACAGAGAUACAUUUUGCCAAAUAAAAUGGUAUGGAUUCUCUAGGGUGCUCUCAAGAUGUGACCCUUGCUUUGGCUACAAGGGUAAACACUGCUAACCACAUAUAGAAGAUCAUGGCAGUCUUUGUGAAUCGUGACAACUCCAAAGGAUAAAACCGGUCGUGUGGGAGGUACCGUAAAGUGUUUUCAUGGGAGAGCAAAGAAACUUCAUAUGGGACUGUUGGAAACUCAAUGUGUAUAUGAUAUGAUGAAUCCAUCGAUCCCAAAACCAGUCUAGGGUAAAGUGUGUGAGCGCUGUAAUUAAUAGCAAAAAAAGAAUUAAAUCUACGUCUGCUCUAUUCCUUUACCUCUCGAAAAUAAAUGCGAAAAAGGGCCAUAAGCAUUUCAGACCUCCACAGAGGAAAAAUGGGAAUCCAGAACCGGCAAAGCCCACGGCAUGGCUAGCAGGGCCUGGCCCACCAUGCACCGCACCACGCGCGGCUCAGGUGACAGGCCGCCUACGGCCACGGGCCCACGGCCCACGGCCGCUUUGACCUCCCAGCUCCGGGGGCCACACGCCACUCCGUGUCCGUCCGUCCGGCCGGCCGGCCUCUGCGGCCACCGCGACCUCACGUCACGUGCAGCCGCGGCCCCAUGCACCCACCCCGGGGGCUUGGUGGUCAUUUCGGCCGGCACAGCCAGCCCCAGCCAGAGCACCGCCGAUCGUCGCCGCACCGCACGUGCGGGUCUCCGCGGCCGGAGCCGCCGGUCGGGCGUUCCCGGGACCGAGUCCCACGACAGCGGCCCCGGCUCUUCCACCGAUGGCGACGGCAUGGCGCCCGCCCACCGAGCCGCGGCAGCUUCUAUUCCGGCGCACGCGUCCGUCCGUCCCCCGUGGUGGUGGCUGUGGCAUCCAGCUCCCUUCUCGGAGUGGCAACCAGUGGCCAGCCUGUGGAGUCUGGAGAUGCACAAACACAAUGACCAACAGCACGGAUUGCAAUGCGAUGGCAUACAUAGACGAAGAAAAUAUUCAGAAUGCAAGUUGCAACAGGAAACCAAAUCAUCCAGCAAGGUACGCAGGCAACGAAAGAUCUGUCCUGAAUAAUUCAUUUUCUCAUCUUUGCUGUCUCAGGCUCAAAGCCAAUCAAGUCCGCGGACCAUGGCAAGAUGUUUCGUCAGAAAAA